AUGUCACAUAGAUCACGCGAAACACUGAAGAUGGUGACGGCUGAAAUAUUUUCUGAGUUUCAAAAGUAUCUGGAUGAAGAUCAAGAUCGCAGAGAGGAAAUUCGCCAGGCAACACGUGACCUGGAGCAAACAGCACGAGAAAUUCUUAUCACAGUCCAGGCCGUACAUCAAAAAGAUGGCUUGCUGAACUUACAGCCUCUCUGUGGGGAAGUCAAUGCAAAGUUCAAGACUGUUCAAGAAAAAUUCAAGGCUCUUGCUGACAAAAUACCUCAGGGUCAGUAUUAUAGGUUCCAUGACCACUGGCGAUUUGUUGUGCAACGGCUUAGUUUUCUUGCCUCAUUUGUUAUAUACCUAAGUGCUGAGAAGUUGGCAUCUCGAGAAGAAGUAGCUAAUAGCCUGGGAGUGGAGUUGCUCAGAGAGAAUGGGUUCCAUAUUGACUUAGAUGACUAUUUGAUGGGACUGCUACAGAUGGCCAGUGAAUUGGUGAGAAUCCCGUUUCGGGCAGUGAACUCAGUUACAGCAGGCCAGUAUGAUCGCCCUUUGAAGAUUUCACAGUUUCUGGCAGAGCUGGAUGCAGGAUUCCGGCUGUUAAACUUAAAAAAUGACUCAUUGAGAAAACGCUUUGAUGGUCUAAAAUAUGACAUAAAGAAAGUGGAAGAGGUUGUGUAUGAUCUGUCCAUUCGUAACCUUGUUAGUUCCACAACAAGUAAAGGAUUGGAAACCGAGGCCAGCCAGUCUUCCCCAGUGCAGGCGGGUCUUCGUCACAAGAGACUGACAAUAACCCAGGAAGUGGCGCCACCUAGGGUAACUUGCAGCAUUAAUUAUAGGUGUGAUAUAAAUUGUCUGAUGGUCUUUAACAUGGCGAUACGGAGUAAAAUCGCGUGCUGAUUAUCGACAUAUCGUGGUCGGCAUAAGUUAAGAUAAUUUCAGAACCAUAAGCUACACCCAUCGGGAUUCAUUUUCAGUAGGCUUCUGGUUUAUUGGUACAUAAUAAAACUCUAAGAGAAGCGUUCUGUAGAUAUAAUAUGAACAACGUGAAAAGCCAAUAUAUUUAUAAACCCUUUGUCAUCUUGAUCCAUUUCCAUUCGGUAUGUACGUCACCAAAUUAAGUUUAAUACUUUAAGUGAAGCGGUUCUUCAAAGGUGUACGAAAGUCAACCAGAGAGACGGACGGACAGACGCACACACACACACGCAAGUACAACAUCACACUAUAAUACAAGACACCAUUAAUCUGAACAGACAUGUAAAUCGGAAGACAUCUGAAAGAAACUAUUGGUCUAAACAACAUGUUACUCUGUGAUGAAGAAAGUUUUAGUUGAUGAUAUUUUAUAAAUGGGACUUGUGAACCUGUACCCGUCGUUAUUGGCGCUAAGUAUUUGACGCUGUAUUUUAAUGUGUGUUUAUUGUGGCCAACAUUUCAUACUGUUUGUAAUGUACGCAAGUAUCCAUUUGCGUUUUAUAAGUAAAUUACGUGACUUGUAAA